AUUGGCUGGCGGAUUGCUCCUGCCGAAGAGCUCUGACGUUCGGGAUGACGAAAGAGCCGUGAUUAACUGAAUAGUCGACCCCGACAGUCAAACCUCUCACCCAACAGUCCUCACCACACCCAAUUGAUCAUCCACACAUCAAUUCCAGCCACCAUGAACUCGACCAUUCUCCGUACCACUGUAGCACGCUCUGUGCUCCGCGCUGCCACUAAGAGCUCUGCUCGCGCCGGCGUCGCAACCACCUUUGUGCGUGGAAAGGCUACUCUGCCCGACCUUGCCUACGACUACGGCGCCCUCGAACCCAACAUCUCCGGCAAGAUCAUGGAGCUCCACCACAAGAACCACCACAACACCUACGUGACUUCAUACAACAACUUCAGCGAGCAGAUCGCCGAGGCCAAGGCCAAGAACGAUAUCAAGGCUCAGAUUGCUCUGCAGCCCAUGAUCAACUUCCACGGUGGAGGUCACGUCAACCACUCUCUUUUCUGGGAGAACCUGGCACCUACCUCGCAGGGUGGUGGUGAGCCUCCAUCCGGCGCUCUUGCUGCGGCCAUCAACGACUCCUACGGUGGUCUCGACCAAUUCAAGGAGAAGUUCAACACCGCAUUGGCUGGCAUUCAGGGAUCCGGAUGGGCGUGGUUGGUUCAGGACACACAGACUGGUGCCAUUCAAAUCAAGACAUACGCGAACCAGGACCCCGUUGUAGGACAGUUCAAGCCAAUCCUUGGUGUUGAUGCGUGGGAGCACGCCUACUACCUUGACUACCAGAACCGCAAGGCGGAGUACUUUAAGGCUAUUUGGAACGUCAUCAACUGGAAGGCGGCUGAGAAGAGAUUCCAGUAAAUGACUAGACGACUGUAGGAUAGAUGACGCAAUUGAAUAGCAAUUUCAAGCGAACAAUGCCGUGUAGCCUUGCACCCUUUGACAAUUGGCCUCCGCGUCGAACAUCGAUCUGUCUGAAUAGCGUGUGUUCAAAAGCCUAUCCGUCAUGGCCACUGUAUGCCGACGCCUUAUACUGUCACAAAUAUUACAACUUCUACGCGAUAUUCGAUGACCAGUC